UGAAAUUAAGUGACGUGGGACUCUAUCUAAAAUCCUUGACAACAUGUAUCAAUGAACGCCGCAUACUUGAUUUACCCGCUGUUGAUUUUACCGGCAGUUAUGUCUCCACCCUUACGGACGAACAUUGUUCGUCGUUGUUUUAAAUGGCAUGAUGGUGACUUUCGCUCACGAGCUCUACUUUCAACCUUUAUUCUUUCUAUUUACUCUGUUAUAACCCAUGAUCACGUACAGGACUUACUGGUGUCAAAGCACAUUGCUAUUGAUAUAAACAGCUAUAUUAAUUGAUAUUUCAAAUGUUGAGUCAACGCCAUUUCAGCUUGGAAUUUUGAGAAGAGAUAAACGUGUGAUCAUAUUGAUUAAUAAUACACCAAAGUGUUUUCUUCUAUUAUAUGGUUUUCGUUUCCCUCCAAUCUAAGAGCUCAUGUGAACUACAUACGUGUGC